AUGGCGAUCUACAUCUAUGAACACGAUGCAGCCACAACAAUACCGGUACUCAUCUCUGAACUACCGUAUUCCACGACUCUGCUCCGGCGAAUCCAACAUGGCAUCGCUUAUCCACAUGAGACCGCCCACCUACUGGCAACUUUUCCGCCCGGAUUCCCCCCCGGGGCUGGACAGCCGUGGCUGGCUGCGCGAGUGGAUCUUUUCUCCGGCCGCACAACCCAAAUGAUCAUUUACUCCAGCCUCGAAGCGGAGCACACGUCAAUUUCGCCGAUCGUCACGAUCGAUAGUACUAGAGCCACUACAUCGGAGAGAUUAAAUGUGGACACUGCAGGGUCCAAUCAAAAUGAAACCACCGAUCAUGAUGCCGACACCGAGACCAUCAUUUCCACCUUUUCUGCCAACCCACCCAUCUUAGCCGUGGCCCGCGCGCAGCUACUUGCCUUGCUUUCUUACGUCAAGACCAACCUGUUGCCAUCCUACCUGUCAUAUUUGGAAAAAUUAGCCCAAGCCACAUCUACGGAAGCUGAAACCCUUCCCGUAUCAUUGUCCUCGACCCCAAACAACACCAGUCCCACUGCCAAUAAUAGUAGUGUUCCACUGAUCCCUGCGCCCGAUCCACAGGCUUUCCUUAUUGGGAGCCUUCAUACAGGUCUAUUCUCUCUCCUACAGCGAUCGGGAUCUUACACCCUAUCUGACUCGAUACCCAAGAUCCGGGUCCAUCGCUUCGAUGAUCCACCUUAUUAUAAGUACUUUUUCCGGAGAUCUGAAUUCAGCCCCGAGGCAGAGUCUGGACGAUCUGCCGAUCUGCCGUCCGCCGAUCUUUCCCUCCCAUCCGGAUAUAGAUUCCGGGACCGAAAGGGGAGGGAGGGUGUUCUGAGUACCCAUCUGGAUCUUGUGCAAAGUCGGACACACAUCCCCAGGCCAAGGACACAGCUAUCCACAAUGCCCAGCGUGGCUGUUUAUUUUGAUGCCGGGUCCUGUGAUUCGGAAGAAGUGCCUAUUGCAUGGGGAUUCUUGGGUGUGGAUGGCGCGUUGGCGACAUUACAUGUUGAACCGGAGCAUCGGGGUCGCGGGAUUGCAGUUCCAUUGUCUAAGGCUAUCAUGCGUCGUGGGAUGUCAGCAGAUGGUGUUUUUGGAGCUGGAAGUGUCAAGUCCGAGGAUAGUGAGGUUCGAGAGCGUGUUGGCGCUUGGGCGCAUACUGAGGUGGCUGGGUAUAACACGGCCAGUCAGAGGGUUAUGGAAAAGAUGGGGGGUCAGAUUUUGACAACUGUCACCUGGACUGUUGUUGAACUGCUUGAUUAA